CUCGAAUGAAAAAGUAAAAUUGUUAAAUGCAAAGGUAUAUUGGUUAUACCAGUUCUAUACAUAUAGUAAUUAAAAUUAUCAAGUAUUAGUAACUAUAUUGUCUUAAUUUUUAUUCAAAAAUACGAUUUUUUUUUUACCAGUCUUGGUCUUGGCCUAGCAACAUUCAGGCUGUCUUGUUUUUAGACCGAUUUUGGGCAACACUAGUGACAAGUGCGAAUGAAGACAUGGUGUGAUCUCAGAAACAUUACGAGAUUUAAAACAUUCGUAUUUACGUUUAAUCAAAUACAAGCUCCUAUAGAGAAAGCCUUUUCCUAACCUAGAAACCUUGAAAAGACCCGAAGAGGUGGACAUUGAGUGAAGGGUAUACAGACGCUGGUAUAUAUAUAUCCAGGGAGGGCCAGAUUGGGCACAUUCAAACUUCAACAUGUACAAGCUCCUGAUCCUCUCCGCUCUCGUAGCCGUGGCUUUCGCCGCCUCCUACGAAAAACACGAGUCUCACGAACACGCAUACUCGACCCAGAACCAAGUCAACUACGUCAAGCAUUCUGUUCCAGUCGAGAUCAAAGUCAAGUCAGCUCCAGUAGUCCACCAUGUUCCAGUCGUCUCCCACGUUCCAGUAGUACAUCAUGUUCCAGUGGUACAUCAUGUCGAAGCUCCAGUGUACCAUCACUAAAUUUCAACUUCCAUCAUAAAAUACCCGUCAUCUUUCCCGAACAUCAUCCAUCAAAAUUUAUUUAUGUAUUUAUUAUAUUUGGUAUAUCAACAAAUAAAUUCUUAAU